GCUCCGAAGAAAGGUGUGAAGCUCCCGGCAGCCGCGGCAAAGAAGAAGUCGGAGAAGGUGGCGAACCCACUGUUCGAGAAGCGUCCAAAGCAAUUCGGAAUCGGUGGCGCAUUGCCGCAUAAGAAGGAUCUAUCCAGGUUCGUCAAAUGGCCACAAGUUGUUACCAUUCAGAGGAAGAGGAGGAUCCUCAAGCAGCGGUUGAAGGUUCCGCCCGCACUUAACCAGUUCUCUAAGACCCUUGAUAAAAACCUAGCAACAAACCUCUUCAAGGUGCUACUCAAGUACAGGCCCGAGGAUAAAGCUGCUAAGAAAGAGCGACUUCUAAGGAGGGCCCAGGCUGAGAGUGAGGGAAAGACACCUGAGCUGAAGAAGCCCAUUGUUGUUAAGUAUGGGCUCAAGCACGUAACCUAUCUCAUUGAGCAGAAUAAAGCCCAAUUGGUGGUUAUUGCUCAUGAUGUGGACCCAAUUGAACUGGUUGUCUGGCUUCCUGCUUUGUGCAGAAAGAUGGAAAUUCCUUAUUGCAUCGUUAAGGGUAAAGCAAGAUUGGGUGCUAUUGUCCACAAGAAGACUGCAUCUGUUUUGUGCUUGACCUCAGUGAAGAAUGAGGAUAAGUUAGAGUUCUCUAAGAUUUUGGAAGCAAUUAAGGCCAACUUCAAUGAUAAAUAUGAAGAAAACCGCAAGAAGUGGGGUGGUGGAGUCAUGGGCUCUAAAUCCCAAGCCAAGACAAAAGCCAAGGAACGGGUUCUUCAGAAGGAAGCAGCUCAAAGAAUGACUUGAUCGUUAAUCUUUGCAGUAUUUUCUAUUUUGACAUGUCGUUAUUUGUUGUUAUUCUCAAUUUUCGGGAAAACCGAAACAAAUAUCUUCGUUGUCAUUCAAGCACUAUUAUUAUGCUCUUAUAUUAUCACUUUUCGAAGCUUGAUAGCAACAAUUUUCCCGUAGUACCAAGUGCAUGUUUGUUUGGUAUGUUCACUAUGUUGUGGACCGUGAUCUCAGCUUUGGUGUUUGAGUAUGUGACUGUCAUGUUUCUUGUAGAUCCUCUUCCUAGAUUGAAAAAGCAAAUUGAAUGUCCA